AUGGCUUCUUCUCGCCAGUUGAUGAAGUGGAGCCCCCAAGUUCACGAGGAUAUCCUCGUCUCUGUGUUCUACAACUUGACCCUAUCCACCGAGGAUUGGGCAAAGGUGAUGAACGAUCUCAAGGAGAUGGGCUAUGCCUUCUCUGAGAGUGCACUUCGUAAGCCUACUCGUGGCUGGGAUGCCGCCGCACAUGAAGCCCUCCUCUUGUGCGUCAUUGAUGAAGUCAAGGGCGGCAAGGCCUUCUUGACCGAGGUCACGCGAAAGAUGCAGGCUCGGGGCUACACCUACAGCUACGACGCAAUCAAUCAGCAUGUUCAGAAAUUGCGCAAGAACCGUGAUACGACUGCUCUUUCUGGCCCCACGGACUCUGGUGCUGGAAGCGCCAAGACUGCCACUCCUCGCAAGUCGGCAACUCCUCGCAAACGCCGCACUCCCAAGAAGGAGAUGAUCACUGAUGAGGACGAUGAUAUGAACCUCAAGCUGGAGGAAGCCAUCGAAGACGAAGAUAUGCGCAGCCCCUCCAUCCGCCCUCCUAAGCGCGCCAAAUCCGUCGCUUCGACUAUGGACGAUGAGAUGUAUGACGAGCCCAAGCUCGAGGACGACUAUUAA